AUUUGCAGCGUCGAGCGCCGCGGCUGCAGUGUGGGGUUGGCGCGGCUCCGGCUUAUUCACGGAGCGACAGAUGCACGUCACGGGGCCGGACUCUCUCCUCAGGAAACAACUUUGAUCACAGGUUUCAAAGCUCCCAAAUGAUGUGAUCUUUUGGGAUUCGGUUGCCGGACCGCGCAGCUGCUCCGAUGAAAGUGGCGGCGUGUAGACCGUUGUUUUAGUUUAGCUACAACUCUUUUCGGACUUCAGCUACAGUGCUAGCUAAGUCUGGAAGCCCAAAUAGCAAAACAUCCGGCGGCGCUUUAUUUUUUUAUGCAGAAACAGUUUUGCUUUGGAGAGGCCUUUUUAUUUUUUAAACAAAUCUUUUUUUUAAUGAAAGAAUAGAGUUUUAGGGACAGAAGAGCUAGAAUCGAACUGAAUACAAACUGUCAGGUGUGUGGGGAAAACAAAAUCUACCUUUAAACAUGGAGAAGUCGGAAAGACGGGCGAGUAAGAAGGGGUGUUGUGCUUCUUUCCUGGGUUACUUCAAGACCGCUCGGUUUCUCAUUUACCUGUGUCACGGACUGUCUACAUGGGGGGAUAGAAUGUGGCACUUUGCGGUGUCAGUCUUCCUGGUGGAUCUUUACGGCAACAAUCUGCUUCUGACAGCCGUCUAUGGACUGGUCGUGGCCGGGUCUGUCCUGUUGCUGGGAGCCAUCAUUGGAGAUUGGGUGGACAAAACCUCCAGGCUGAAAGUUGCCCAAAUAUCCUUGAUUGUUCAGAAUGUCUCGGUCAUCAUUUGUGGCAUCAUCCUGAUGAUGGUUUAUAUGUUUAAACCUUCUCUUACCACCAUGUUCCAUGGAUGGCUACUCACUGGCUGCUACAUUUUGGUCAUCACCAUCGCUAACAUUGCAAAUCUGGCAAGCACCGCCAUGGGGAUCACCAUUCAGAGAGAUUGGAUUGUUGUAGUUGCAGGAGAAGACCGAAGUAAAUUGGCAGAUAUGAAUGCAACAGUUCGCAGAAUUGAUCAGGUGACAAAUAUUUUGGCUCCAAUGGCAGUUGGACAAAUAAUGACAUUUGGCUCGGCAAUGGUUGGCUGUGGUUUUAUUUCUGGUUGGAACCUGUGCUCCAUGUGCUUGGAAUAUUAUCUGCUGUGGAAAAUUUACCAAAGAACACCUGCACUGGCCAUCAAAGCAAGUCAGAAGAGCGAUGAACAGGAGAUGAAGCCAUUGAACAAACUAAAAGAUAUUGAGAGUGACCAAACAAAGAUCGGAGAAAAAACAGGAUCAGGUCAAUCAGUCGAAGGUAUUCAUCUGAUGAAUGUGAAGGCAAUCAAACAAGAGAAAAAGCAACAAUGUGGUGAUAAAAUUCUUGAGCCUUUCUACACGUUCAGGAAUGGGUGGGUGGCUUAUUACAACCAGCCUAUAUUCUGGGCUGGCAUGUCGCUGGCCUUCCUCUACAUGACUGUGCUUGGCUUUGACUGUAUCACAACCGGAUACGCCUACACCCAAGGUUUGAGUGGAUCUUUCCUCAGCUUGUUGAUGGGGGCCUCUGCUGUCGCUGGAAUUCUGGGCACAAUUGCCUUUACAUGGAUACGCAGAAAGUGUGGCCUUAUCCGUGCAGGCUUCAUCUCGGGUGUGACCCAGUUUUCUUGUCUGAUUUUGUGCAUAAUUUCUGUGUUCAUGCCUGGAAGCCCCUUGGAUUUAUCCGUAUCACCUUUUACGGAGCUCGCCAGCGCCUACCUGGGCACAAACACCUUGGUAGAAACGGUAUUACCAACGUCAGAACCUCAGCACAUCACCACAAUUAGAUACGGCAACUCGACGACUGAACCUGCAGACGGUGAGCAGUUUCAACCAGAAUCGUACAUCUCGAUUGGCUUGCUCUUUGCUGGCAUCAUUGCUGCAAGAGUUGGGCUCUGGUCAUUUGAUUUAACAGUCACCCAAAUCAUUCAAGAAAAUGUAGAUGAAUCAGAACGGGGAAAGAUUAAUGGUGUACAGAAUUCCAUGAAUUACCUCCUCGACCUCAUGCAUUUCAUCAUGGUGAUAUUAGCUCCAAAUCCAGAAGCAUUUGGUCUUCUUGUAAUCAUUUCAACCUCGUUUGUUGCUAUGGGGCACUUGAUGUAUUUUAAAUAUGCUUACAAAUCAUUGGGAAGUCAACUCUUUGCCUGUAGCUCCAAAGACUCAACAUCUCAGGCCACCAACCCCAAGACAGCUGAGUGUGUGUCAGUUAGCACAAGUAAUGACUAAAGAGAUAAUAUCCCCCAUUCUAAACUAUACUUUAUAUUUUUAAGAGACCUACUUUUCGUGACAUAGACAUCUCAAUUAAUAACAUUAUACUAAACCCUUAAUGAGCCAAAUUUUCAGUGUGCCUGCAAUUUUUUCCCUUCUGCUUCAUGUUGUAAUAAAAUAAUAUUUUUGCAAGUGUGGCUCCAAUGGACAUCCUCAAGUGAAUGAUUGAAAACUUACUGAUAUGUUACAUAUUUGCAGUUCCAGUAGGGAGUAGUUGACUGAUAAAUAUAACAUUAUGUGUCAAGGAAUAUUGUGCUAACAUUGAAAUAGUGCAGUGGCUAAUAAUACUGGUUUGGUCAGAGAAAAGCAGUAAAAUGGUUUUGAGUGAAAAUGCUACAUUGUUUGUACUUGUAUUACCGUAUGUUAUAUGAGAUGUCGAUGUGGUUAACUUUUAAAUGUAUUAUUGUUAAAGUUAUUAACAUAGGGGAUAUAGUCUCUUUAUCAUUUAUAAGCUUCAAAAUAUAAAAUAUUCAAAAUAUAAGUUUCACCAGUAUCUAUCCUCCUCCUAACUGCUAAUAUAAAAUUUGCCAAUUUGCCAUGGAUAUUUUUGGAAGUAGGAUUUAUUAUGACGUCUAGAUUAAUGGGAGCAAUAUUUUGAACUAAAUUGUACCUUGACAUUGAAUGUAUGAGAUGAUGAAAUAAGGAAAUAAUAUCACACAUAAGCAGAUACACAGCAAUGAGUUUUGGGGUGUGCAGGAAAUGGGAACAUUAUCAACAUGUGACAACAAAAUCUACAGGCUGGAUUAUGUAUUUAAUCUUUCCCUGAUUAAUAUAGUGGUAGAAAUUAUCAACUUUUGUGUGUUCAAAAGAGAUUUUAUUCUAUACAUUAAAAUCUUCUUAUGACAUACUUAUCCAUUCAGAUUAAAGUCAUUGGAACAUUUAGAAAAUAGGCAUUUUUCUAUUUGUGAAAUUGUUAAUCUUUAGUUAACUGUAAUCCUGUGGUACUUGGAUGUUGUUAGUGAAGCUGAAAGACUGUGACUGCUCUCUUUCAUCACAUUGCCCUCAGGUCAUUGUUUCACAAGGAAUCCUACAAAUAUAUAUAAAGAAACAUUUCACAAUGUGCAAGAUAACAGAUCGGAAUAACAUCUUACCUCAUAAUUGUUCAAAUUCAUUUCACUGCACUUUAUGUGCACGUGACGAAUAAAACAUUGACUUGACGACUUAAUUGUGGAAUAGUAGACAUGGUAUUCCGCUGUAACAUAUUAUCCCAUAGUCUAGCUCGUUUGAAAUAUUGAUGGUUACCCUAUGUCAAUGGAUAGGACGGAAUAUUUUCCUUGUUUGAAGGUGAACAUUUUAACAUCAAUGUCAUCUAAUCAUCGAUUAGAUAUAAGAAAUGAACAACAAGUAUGUGUUGCAGAGAUACUGAAAAUAACCUAUUGCAAUUGUAAUCAUUUUAAGUGAAACUAUGAAAAUUAAUCACAAACAAUAAAUUUGAAUUUGGAUCUUUAAAAUGUCUAAUUUUUACAAUAAAUAUAACUACAGAAAAAAUCUUUAUGGUCAAUAUUUAUGUUAUAUUAGAGUUUGAAAUAAAAUUUCUGGAUAUAUAAAAGAGGCGUGUUAACAAUUGUUCUAAAAUCCAUUUGUAAUUUCUUUUAUCAGCCUGGCUGAAAACAUCAUGGAAAUAAACACUCCAAAGUCACAAUUUUUGAAAUUGAAAGCACUGCUAAAUAAAAUGUUGCAAAAAUAA